AUGUUAAAGGACGACUGUCUUGGUCGGGUUGAGAACUUUUCAUCACUUCCUUCUAUCUAUCUAUCUAUCUAUCUAUCUGAAUAUGGGGAUGAUACUGUUCAUAUCUAUCUAUCCUACAGGCCAAAAGUGUCUGUUUAUUUAUUUAUUUAUCUAUCUAUCUAUCUAUCUAUCUAUCUAUCUAUCUAUCUAUCUAUCUUAGUCUCCUCAUUAUCUAUCUAUCUAUCUAUCUAUCUAUCUAUCUAUCUAUCUAUCUAUCUCAGUCUGCUCAAAUUUUCGAUCGCAUUUUGCACUCAUGUACCCAUCGAUUUCUAUGACCAUUUAUCUGUCUGUCUGUGGAAUCAUGCUUUUGUCUUCUCCUCAUUCUUUCUUGCCCUCUUCUUCUUUUCUUUUCGAUUUUGUUUUCUUUCUUUCUUUCUUUCUUUCUUCCAUGAGCACAUUAAAUGGAACAAUUUAUCCCAUGCCAAAGACUAA